AUGUCCUGCUAUAACCUCUUCCUUACUGCAGGAGAUUUCCUCUCCUCCACUUCUGGUGCCUCUGUGAAGCUCCAGCCUAGCCGCUGUUCAAGCCAGCUGGGCCACGCUCCGGACCAGGUCUCUUCCUCCCUGAGCUCACCUCCGAACACCGUCAGUGCCACCCCACCCUUCGCUGUCGAGCCCCGCAGCGGCACCGUCCCUGCUGGCCAGGAACAGCUCUUCCAGAUGAAGUUCUCUCCGGUGUACGUGGGGGAUUUUGAGAGCCGUAUGCUCUGCAGUAUUCCUAACCUGAAGCCAAAUCAGAAGGGCCCAGAGGUGGUUGUGAAGGGGAGAAGCCUGAUGCCAAACUGCCACUUUGAACUGGAAGACUCUGACUACCUCACCGCAAAAAGGCGCAACCCACAGUUGCAGGGACCAAGGGGGGCAACGUUCGAUCUCAGCACAAGGUGGACUUGCGAAGACCCUGAAGCCCCACCAGAACAGUCAGCUUUCUUCUGCCUCACAGAGAGAGGCCAGAUCCAGCCAGGGAAGAAAGCAGAGAUGAAGUUUGAAUUUAUCCCCCAGCACCUGGACAUCACAGAAUCAUUCUGGGUCUUUACAAUCCCCGAGCAGAACAUUUCAGUCCCGUUCCUGUUGGUGGGCAACACCACUGACCCACUAGUGACUCUGGACAGAUCCCACCUGAACUUCCACUUGCUGCUGAUCGGGCACGAGGUGCACCAGACUAUCUAUCUGAUCAACAGUGAGAAGGAAGCCUUCAGCUUUGCUUUCAGAGAAAGCUCGCUCUUCUCAGAGGGAUGCAGUGCCUCCAUGAAAAUAGAGCCCCUGGAAGGCUCCAUUGCUCCUCUUUCAAGGGUUCCCAUCACAGUCAUCUUCACACCAACACUGGAAGGAGAGGUGAUCUUCAACCUCAAGUGCGAUGUUAAGAGGAAGACCCAGCCCCUCUGCUUGAAUAUCAAAGCCACCGGCUACAGCAUGAACGUGUCUGUCAGGUGUGAGGACAGCGACGGCUGUGUCACUGCACUCAGUGCGCAGAAGGUCAACAUCAUUGAUUUCAAGGAGGUCCUCACUGCCUUCUCCCUGCAGGUGCAGCUAAACGAGAACGUCAAGCGCAUCUUCAGCAUCCACAACAACGGCAAGUUCAGCUUCACCUUCUCGUGGGAUCUGAGCGGCCCCGCAGCCCGUAAGCAGGUCCUUACCAUCACCCCUCAGACGGGCACCGUGCAGGUGGAGGGGAAAGCAGAGACCCAGCUGGCGUUUCACCCGCGGAAGGUGUGCUCUCUAAAGGACCUAGAGCUGACGCUGCAGAUCAGCAAGGGCCCCACAUUCACCUGCGUGUUCCUGGCUACCGUGGUAGUGCCCACCAUCCACUUCUCCACCACCAGACUCAACUUUGGAGCCUGCUUCAUCUACCAGGCUGGGAUGCCACUGGCCCAGCAGACCCUUGUCAUCGCCAACGAGUCAGACAAGGAUAUGAGCUUGAACUGCUUGUUCACCAGCACCGCGCACCUGGAAGUGCACUUCACAGGGUGCAUCCUGCGCCCCAGAGGGACAGUGGAGGUGCCCAUCACUUUCUAUCCCAGAGAAGUUGUGUCUUACCAUGAGCUCAUCCCGUUUGAAAUCAAUGGUCUUUGCCAGAAGACUGUUGAGGUCCGAGGAAGGGGCACAGAAAUGAAGGUUGACGUUGUGGAACCACAAGGAAAGGUGGUAAAGCUGGGAGCCCUCUCCAUUGGACAGACGGUGAAGAAGACCGUCACCAUAGCAAACAACAGUGCUGCCCCUCUCACUUUUAAGCUCAGUCUCAUGUCUACCCUGCCAGAGCUGCAGGAAGCUGGGGUUCUCUGCUUGAACCCCACCAACGGACUAAGUUUGAAGCCGAAAGGAGACACCUGUAAAGUGGAGGUGACCUUCUCCCCGAAACGCCGCAUCCAGCCCUUCACCGAAGAAGUGAUGUUGGAGUGCAGCGGCCUGGUGCGCUCCCUCUUCAUGGUACAGGGCUCCUGCCAGGGCAUCCACGUCAGCUUGGACCAGGAACACCUCAGCUUUGGAGCGGUGGUGCAGCAGAGCUACACAUCCCAGCGCGUCAUCAUGCAGAACACGGGCGACAUAGGAGUCAAGUUUAAGUGGGACAUCGAGAGCUUCAAGCCAGAUUUCUCCAUCAGCCCCACAAAGGGUUACAUCUCCCCGGGAAUGGAUGUCCCCUUCGUUGUGACCUUCCACCCCUCUAAGCUGAGCCGUGCUAUCCAGUACGAGGGCCUGCAGUGCUUCAUCCAGGGCAGUGAGCCGCUCCGGCUUACGCUGGCGGGAUGCUGCAUGGAGACCCCUGUGACCAAAGAGACGCUGACUUUCGCGUGCGACGUGCGCGAGAAGCACAGCCAGACCAUCCUCCUGUCCAACCCGAGCAACCAGGCCUGGACCGUGCAGCCCGUCAUUGAGGGGGAAUACUGGAAGGGGCCUGAAUUUUUACAUCUGGAGGCCAAUCAGCAAAAAAAGCCCUACAAGAUCACCUACCAACCCCUAACUAUGAGCUCGGAGGAUAAGAAGCAUCAGGGAUCCAUAUUCUUCCCACUGCCAGAUGGGACAGGCUUGUACUACCUCCUGCAAGGGACUGCUGAGGCCCCGAAGUGUUCGGGGACCAUUUUCCGGCAGGUGCCGUGUAGGACUUCCUACACGGAGCUCAUCCCCGUCUCCAACUGGCUGAACAGACCACAGAGGUUCCUCGUGGUAGUGGAUAUACUCAAACCAGAAAACCUGGAAAGCAGUUCUGUGCUGCAGGGGCUGGAAUACAUUGAUGUGCCAGGCUCUGCCAAGAAGGACUACAAGCUCACGUUCCUCUCCUACAAGGAAGAGGUCUUCAACACAGCGGUGACCUUCCUUAACGAGGUGACCAAGGAGUACUUGUUCUACAUGGUGACUUUCAAGGCCACCGCUUCGGGACCCAUCAGCAGCGUUGAAAUGACCACCGCUGUUCGGCAGAGAGUGUCUUCUGCCGUCAAGGUGGACAACCCUCUGUCUGUCCCGGUGACCUUUGCUGUGGAUUGCAAAGUUCCCGACAUCAACGUUCCCCCACAGUUCACUGUUCCUGCGCAGUCGGAGGCUGAUCUUGUCUUUGAGUACCAGCCCCUGAAAACGGGUGAGAGUACCGGGCGCCUGGUGCUUCAAAGCAGCGACUUGGGCUCUUUCUACUACAACCUGCACCUGACAGCCACCGUGAGCAGGCCAGAGAAGCCCCUCUACUUCUGCACCAUGCUGGGCUCCAGUCAGACCAUCACCGCCAAGAUAACAAACUACACCCGGCAGAAGACAGAAUACCUUCUCCAG